CUUUGGGAACCCGAGCCUUAUCAUGCGGUUGUUGUCCUUCCUGAAGCCAAAGUACUUGCAGCAUGUUGCAGAUUUUGGGCUGCCUUUUCCCAAUUGCAUGAGUCUAGGGCGGCGUGGUCUUGGCUGUGUUCAUUAUCCCCGCCUACAUCCUUAUUGUCCAAAAAUCUUUGCCAGACAGGCAAACUCACUUACUCCCACCAUGGAUGAGUUGCUGAGCAGGUCUGUGCCCCCUCUGCCCCCCUAUGAAACUAAAGAAAAAUGCCCAGCGCCCUCUGAGAUCCAGAGCAUUAACUUUAUGCAGUAUUACCGGGCGCUGGAUAAGGGGGACAGGGCUUCCUUUCUUGGCAAGUUGGCUACUGAGUUUGGGGUGGACCAUACGCAAGUGACCGAACUAAGCAGCAAAGUGGUACAAGCCCAGCAGAAGAGGGAUAUGGGAACUGUUCUGCAGGUGGAGGACAGACUAAGAUACUACCUCACUCCUCAAUACAAAGUAUUGUUUUCUCAUAUCAGUAAGCUGGAAGGGGGAAUGAAGUUUCUGGUGGAUUUGAGAGCUGACAUUUUAGAGAGCUUAGCAGCUAAACUCGCAGAUGGUCCUCACAUUAGGGAAAUGAAUGGGGUGCUAAAAUGCAUGCUUUCGGAGUGGUUCUCUGUAGGAUUUCUUAACCUGGAGAGGAUAACCUGGCAGUCCCCAUGCGAAGUGUUGCAAAAGAUCAGUGAGUAUGAAGCAGUCCACCCUGUUCGUAACUGGACGGAUAUGAAGCGCAGAGUCGGCCCAUACAGAAGAUGCUAUAUGUUUGCUCACAGUGCAAUGCCUGGAGAACCACUAAUUGUAUUACAUGUUGCUCUAAUGCAAAAUAUUUCUGGCAGUAUCCAGGCAAUUGUGAAAGAUAUUCCUUCUUCUGAGGCUGAAGACGGAAACAAGAUACAGUCAGCCAUAUUUUAUUCUAUAAGUUUAACACAGCAAGGCCUGCAAGGAGUGGAACUUGGGAACUACCUUAUCAAGCGGGUAGUAAAGGAGCUGCAGGUAGAGUUCCCUCAGAUUCUAGAGUUUUCAAGCCUUUCUCCAAUCCCGGGCUUUACAAAAUGGCUGUUGGGAGCUUUGAGCUCUCAGAUUAAAGAGUCUGGUAGAACAGAGCUGUUCACUGAAGCAGAAUGCAAAGAAAUAGAGGACAUUACAGGAGGACCGCUUUCCGAAUCUUUAAAACGUCUUUUUACAAGCAGUGAAUGGAUGAGGUGUGAAAGACUUGUGAAUGCUUUAGAGACACCUCUUAUGCGGCUUUGUGCUUGGUACCUGUAUGGAGAAAAGCAUCGAGGCUUUGCCCUAAAUCCAGUUGCUAACUUUCAUCUUCAAAAUGGCGCCGUCUUGUGGCGUCUUAACUGGAUGGCUGACACCAGUCCUCGUGGAGGAACUGCUUCCUGUGGAAUGAUGGUGAAUUAUCGCUACUUUCUGGAAAACACAAGCGCAAACAGUGCUAAAUACUUGAGAAUGAAACACAUAGAGGCCUCUGAUCAAGUCCUGAAUCUGGUGUCUAAGAUGAACAGUAAAUUAUGAUUACUACUAAGACUAAAACAUAUAUUGAUAUUAAAUUAAUGGUAGAUUAAUGUAUUUUAUCUAUAGUUGUCUUCUUCUAAACCUUCUAACUUGUAGAGCAAAAUGCUUUGCAUAUAACAGAAAAAAAACACAUUUACAUAUUGUGCCAUAUUUUUUCAUCAGCAUUUAUCAUGUUGUGUGUCGGCUUGUCGGUGCUUAAUCUGUUGCUCCUGAGGCAGCAUGUGAUACCCUGAAGUAAAACAAGAUCCAGCCAAUCUGCUUUACAAACUGAAUCCAUAAGUAGCGAGGAAAGCAUUAUAUUCAAAUAUUUUUACUUUUCCCAUGUGUGGAAUUGAUUUUACUAUAAGGCCGAGGUUUGGUUUACAAUCUCUGUUACUGUUUAGAAGUUUGUUGCUGAAUAAUUGGCAAUUCACCUUGGACAACACAUUUAAAUAUAUAACUACAGGUAUGGGACCUGUUAUCCAGAAUGCUCGGGACCUGGGGUUUUCUGAAUAAGGGAUCUUUCCUUAAUUUGGAUUUCCAUAACUUCUACCUACUAAAAAUCAUUUCAAUAUUGAAUAAACCCAAUUGGCUUGCUUUACCUCCAAUAAGGAUUAAUUUUAUCUUAUUUGGGAUCAAGUACAAGGCACUGUUUUAUUAUUACAGGGAUAAAGGAAAUUAUUUUAAAAAAUUAGAAUUAUUUGCUUAUAAUGGUGUCUAUGGCAGAUUGCCUUUCUGUAAUUCGGAACUUUCUGGAUAAUGGGUUUGCUGAUAAGGGAUCCCAUACCUGUACCAUAACUGUGUGAGAUAUUCUUUUGUAGACAAAAGCUUAAAACUUUGCACAUGUAUUUACAUGUUGAAAGUGCCAGAGUUUUAAUUCACUUCUGAAGGUUUUAAUAAAUCUGAUAUGUGUUAAAUGCAAAUAUUUUUUUAAGUGCAAAUAGUAAAAAUGUGAAGUUCGUGUUCAAAAAGCAAACUUUAGUAGUUGCUGAUUCAACAAAUGAGCCACAGCAUGAAGGGACUGCCGUGAGGCUUUGUGUUACUGCAAAAUAAAUAUGACUCUUUAUAAGCGUCUGAUCAAAAUGGACAUUUGCGGCUUGUGAUAUAUCUGCAAAUACCCAUGAGCAGAUAACAUUUUUGAAGAUACAAUACAAACAGUAAUUUAUUAUUUCAUCCUUCUGUAAUAAAUCAGAAGUCAGCAUAAAA